AUGCCGGAUCCGACCUCGCAGUCUAACUAUCUUGACAUCGCGACUAGCCACAUUCACUUCGACUGGGCCGUCGAUUUCGAGAAGCAGAGCGUCUAUGGAUCUGCGACUUAUACGCUUCGCGCGCUGAAGGAUGGCGUGAACGAGGCUGUCUUUGACACGCAGGAUCUCGAUAUCAGUGCUACGAGUGUUGGCGGAAAGGAUACCAAGUUCAGCGUUGGCAAGAGACACGAAGUUAUGGGCUCCGCUUUGCACGUCUACCUCCCCGACGCGGCCAGCAAGGGCGCAGAGGUGAAGCUCACCGUGACUUACGCGACGACGAAGGCCUCUACGGCCCUGCAGUGGCUCGACAAGGAGCAGACCCAGGGCAAGGAGUUCCCGUACUUGUUCAGCCAGUGCCAGCCGAUCUUUGCGCGUGCUCUGGCUCCGGUACAGGACACCCCUUCACUGAAGAUCACCUACUCGGCGAAAGUCGCUUCCACGCUCCCUGUCCUCCUGUCUGCCCUCCGCGUCACACCACCAGCAAACGGCCCCGCGCACGGCGGCAAAGUCGUCGGCAAGGACGUCGUCACAUACGAGUACAACCAGCCCGUCGCGAUCCCGUCAUACCUCAUUGCCAUAGCAGCCGGAAACGUCGUAUACCGCGAGUUCCCUAAGAUCGAGGGUCGUAACUGGAGUUGCGGUGUGUGGGCUGAGCCGCAACUUAUUGACGCUGCGUACUGGGAGUUUAGCGAGGACACCGGGCGGUUCCUGGCUAAGGAGGAGGAUGUUGUCGGGCCGUACCGUUUCGGCGUAUACGACCUUCUCUUGCUUCCGCCGUCGUUCCCAUACGGUGGUAUGGAGAACGCUUGCCUGUCAUUCCUCACGCCGAGUCUUCUCACCGGUGACCGCACCCUCGUCGACGUCGUCGUCCACGAAGCAACUCACUCCUGGUUCGGCAACGGCGUCACCCACGCUGAAGCAUCCCACUUCUGGCUGAACGAAGGUUGGACGAACUACAUCGAGCGCACGCUGCAGUCGUUCCUCCACGGCGAGCCUGCUCGCGGCUUCUCCUUCGUCAUCGGCAACGCCGCCCUGAAUGAAGCUCUGAAGAAUUACUCCAAGACGCCGAAGUACCAGCGCUUGGUAGUCGACUUCGAAUACGGAGAGGACCCGGACGAUGCGUACAGCAGCAUUCCGUACGAGAAGGGCUCGAACUUCAUCUACUACAUCGAAGGUCUCGUCGGCGGUCUUGACAACUUCCUGCCCUACGUGCGCGACUAUGUUGAGACAUUCACCGGCAAGAGCAUCACGACGUGGGACUGGAAGGCGCAUCUGCUCGGGUACUUCGAGAAGAACGGUACCGCUGAGCAGAAUGCUGCGCUCGCGAAGAUCGACUGGAACGCGUGGUUCUACGGCGAGGGCAUGGAGCUGCCCGUAUGGCCCACGUACGACGAGUCUCUCGCCAAGGGCCCGCACGAUCUCGCGGCGAAGUGGGAUGCAUCGCGUGUCAUGGACGCUAAGACCCUCACGUUUAAGAAGGAGGACAUCGCGUCGUUCAAUGGCAACCAGAACAUCGUAUUCCUCGAGAAGCUCGCCUCCUACCCUGCGCUCCCCUCGUCGCACAUCAGCCUCCUCGGCCCUCUCUACGGCUUCUCCACAACCCAAAACGCCGAGAUCCGCAUGCGCUUCUACCAGGUUGCGCUCAAGGACUCGACGACCCCCGCUGCACGCGAGCUUGCCGAGCCCGCCGCUCAGUGGGUCACCGGUCUCGAUGGUACGGGCAUCAUCAAGGGCCGCAUGAAGUUCUGCCGUCCGGUCCUGCGUGCGGUUGCGCGCGUUGACCACGAUCUUGCCCAUUCGUACUUUGCGAAGACGAAGGAGAGCUUCCAUCCUAUCGCGAGGAAGCUGAUUGAGAAGGACUUGUCUUCGUGA